AUGAUAUCUCAGGUUUUCAUCUUGGCUGCCUUAGCAGUGACUGCUUUUGCCAGCUUAUAUCAUGAGCCUAUCUACCAUCCCCAGCCUUUCAAGUUCGGCUAUAGCGUAAAGGACAAGCACGGUGAACAACAUCGUGAAGAAGUCGGCGACGGAAAGAACGUGAAGGGAAGCUACGGAUUCACUGAUGCCAGAGGAAUCCACCGACAGGUCAACUAUGUAGCUGACCAUGCUGGAUUCAGAGCUCAAGUCAAAACCAAUGAACCCGGAACUGCCAACCAAAACCCCGCAGCCGUUCACAUCAUUUCUGAUGCACCCUACGGACAUGGUGGAUACGCCGGAGUUGGAGCAGCUGGAUUGGGCUACGGAUACGGUGGUCUUGGAGCAGCUGGCUUAGGAUAUGGAUACGCUGGAGUUGCAGGAUAUGGUGGCCUUGGCUAUGGAGGAUAUGGUCUUGGCAACGGACGCCUUGUAGGUUUAGGAUAUGCUCGUUACGGAUUUUAA